AUGAUUUCUACUAAGUUCAUAGGAAUAGGAACAUUUCUCCUAUUACAAUGCACUACCAUAAGGGCAGAUGAUGAGAAUGAAUCUAAGGACUCUGAAUUAACAACAGGGGAGAGAUAUUUGAAAAUUAUUUGGGAAGGAUAUAAGAGCGCAUGGUCAGUAGUAUGCACAUUCAUUAAAGAGAAACUUAAGAGAGGGGGUGAUGAAUGCACUCAGGAGGCACCACCCCUUAUAAUUGCCUCUAUUCUGAUUAUCCUACUGUGGAGCUUGUUUUUGUACACAUGGUAUCAGUGUCGACGUAGGAGGAUCUUGCGAAAAAUGAGGAGACGAGCAAAUGAAUACCGCAUAGAAUAUGAACAAUUUAUGAUGGGACCAGAUGGACAGACGGUGUACCAACAGGAGUGGGACGAGGGAGUAAGACAACAACAGCCACCAUCAGAAGGAACGAAAAAAAAAACACCACCAAAAGGAACGAAAAAAAAAACACCAACAGAAGAAACGGAACAACAGGCACCACCAAAAGGAACGAAAAAAAAAACACCAACAGAAGGAACGGAACAACAGGCAUCACAAGAAGAAACGGAACAAAAGGCACCACCAGAAGGAACGAAAAAAAAAACACCAACAGAAGGAACAGAACAACAGGCAUCACAAGAAGAAACGGAACAAAAGGCACCACCAGAAGAAACGGAACAAAAGGCACCACCAGAAGAAACGGAACAACAGGCACCACCAGAAGAAACGAAAAAAAAAACACCAGCAAAAGGAACGAAACAGCAGACUCCUGAACUUUCGGAAUCAGGCAAAAAAGAGCAUACAAAAGAGGGAAAAAGCAAAAAGGAAAAGAAGACAAAAAAUUCAUCAGAGAAAACAAAUUCUAAGAAGGGCAAUGGAGAUGCCCUUCAUGUGGGGUACAGCAAUGUGGCCUGA